CCACCUUGCACGCGAAUACAGUAACACGAGCCUUGUAUAUCCCAUCAGAAACAGCACGACAACUCGAGCAAACCUAUACACUGCCGGAAGGCGCCUUUGAUUGGGUACGAACUAACUCGUUCACAGAUGGCUGAUAUAGUGUGCCCGUUCCUUUCUCCCCACAGGUCUCUCCCGGUGAUCGUUUUCUCGCCGGGUCUGGGAUCACCAGAGGGCCUGUACACGGUGUUUCAGGAAGCGCUGGCCAGUUGGGGCUAUAUUGUCAUCGGAGUGGAACAUCCUUUAGGGAGUUCACCGAGCGAUGCAAGCUCUAGUGGAUCCGCAGAUGAAACUGUCUGACGUGCAAAAUCGAUUCACUCCAUUGUCAAGCAAUUCACUCCCCAGAAGAUGGCAACCUGGAUUCCGGGGUUUGAGGAGGCAACAAGAAGCCAAAAUGUGCGAGGGAUAACGGUCGGCAUGUUUGGGCAUUCACUCGGGGGAGCAGCAACAGCUCUGGCGAUGCAAGAUCCAUCAGUGGUUCAGGCUGGAUGUUCCCUUGAUGGACCACUUUACGGUCCAGUGCUUACAACAGGGUUUCCAGCCCGUUCCUUUUUCAGCUAGCCACUGCGCAUUUGGGAAAUUACAGCACCCUGCAGUCAGUUUGGCCGCGCAUCCGCGGUUGGAAGCGAGCGAUUGCCAUUAAGAGUGCAGCUCAUAAUGAUUUCAGCGACAUUGCAAUCCUGGCUUCCCAGGCACCUGAGUUAGGGAUCGCACAAAACUUUCACGGGAGUCUUGCGACCAGCAAUCCGUUGCAAACUCUCCUAGUUGUGGGUGAAAAUCUCCGGGAUUUCUUUGACUUUGCGCUCCGGGGGGUAGGGGACGUUAACUUUCUGCGGGAGAAUACUCCACUCCAAUUUACCGCCUCGAUCUAGGCACUGUAUAUAGUGAUAUGGAUUAUACCAUAGCUAUAGAAUAAACUACCAACCAUCCUGGACUUAUCUAAAUGCCGC